AAGUAACAGUAACAGUAUGUGAUCCAUAAGUCUGCCGUCUCGCAUUAAAAUUAAUUAAUUUGCCGGUAACUUCUGAUACGAACGGAUCGCUUUUAAUUUUGCUGACCAUUGAACUCUUUAAAUUUCUUAAACAGUUUGUUCGAAUAAAGAAGCGAAAUUGAAAGAAAAAAAAACUGAUAAAAUUAAGUUUAUUUUAAAUUGGUUUCAAUUGUGUUAUAAUGUUACAAUAAUUCCAGCAAACUUUUAAUAAUAAUUAUUAAUUAAUAAGUUACUAAAGUACGCACUUACUUAAUUACUUUACCGCUAAACUUUCUUCGAAGAAAAAUUUAUAAUUGACAAUCAAUAAGUAAGUUGAGAAGAAAAUCGACUUCGUUACUUACAAGAUGUCGAAGUACAAAAUCAAGGACAAUAAACCGGAUGGUGACUGUAAUGUGCAGCUUACCAAUUUCGAGAAUUCACAUGAAGAUGGUUUAGUUAUACGUAACCCGAUGGUUGACUUUAAUAACCGGCUUAACAGUACUGGGUUUAAUGAGUAUAAAUCUUCAAACCGUCAAAUAAUUCACGAAUACGAAGAAUCAUCAUUUGGAACAGAAUGGUUUUGCGAAAGGUUAAAAAAAUCAUUUCGCAAGAAAACACUAUACAGAAGAGUGCCGAUAUUAGAUUGGUUACCUAAGUAUCAAAAAGAAUUCGUUGUGUGUGAUUUAGUAGCUGGUAUCACUGUAGGAUUGACUGUAAUUCCUCAAGCAAUUGCCUACGCUAAUAUCGCUGGUGUUUCACCACAGAAUGGAUUGUACUCGUCGUUUAUGGCGCCGUUUUUGUAUACAAUAUUUGGGUCAUCGAAGGAUGUGUCGGUGGGUCCAACGGCACUAGUAUCUAUCCUAAUACACGAGACACUUUUGCGUGCUCAAGUAAGUCUAGACCAUACCAUUCUUUUGACCUUCAUCUCAGGCCUCGUGUCGUUGCUCAUGGGGAUCCUGCAAUUAGGAUUUCUUAUCGAUUUUAUAUCUGGUCCAGUAUCCGUGGGAUUUACAUCAGCGGCUGCGAUAUUAAUAGCAACAAGCCAAGUCAAAGAUAUUCUAGGAAUCCGCAUUCCUAGUGGAAAAUUUAUUCAUACUUGGCACGGUGUCUUUGAACACAUUGGUGAGACCCGACUUUGGGAUGCUGUCUUGGGAUUUUUUUGUUUGAUGAUACUGUUCGGUUUGCGAAAAUUGAAUGAUAUUCGAGUAAUAUCAGAAGACACAAAAGUCCCUUCAAUAACGCAGAAAGUCAUGAAAACUUUUCUAUGGUUCAUGUCGACUACACGUAAUAUUAUGGUUGUGAUUUCGGGUGCGAUAUUGGCAUGGAUACUAGAAAGCAAUCUCGGAUCAUCUCCAUUUAUUCUGACAGGACACGUAAAAGAAGGACUGCCGACUUUUCAACCACCACCGUUUUCAGCACAAAUAGGCAAUCAGACUUACACGUUUAUUCAUCUAGUAUCCGCGCUAGGAUCUGGGUGUUUAGUCGUACCCCUCUUGAGUAUCCUUGAGACUAUCGCACUUGCUAAAGUUUUUUCGGAUGGUAAACCAGUAGACGCAUCUCAAGAAAUGUUUGCUCUGGGUGUCUGCAAUAUUGUAUCUUCAUUUUUCCAAUCAAUGCCUGUCAGUGGAGGCCUAAGCCGCGGAGCAGUGAACCAUGCAUCGGGUGUUAAAACAACUCUCGGUGGUAUUUAUACUGGGAUUCUUGUUCUUCUAUCGCUACAAUUUCUUACGCCGUAUCUUUACUACACUCCAAAAAGUGUUCUCGCGGCUGUUAUUAUAGCUGCGGUUGUCUUUAUGGUUGAAUUUCACGUCGCCAAGCCCAUGUGGAAAAGUAAAAAAAUCGAUCUAAUACCAGCAAUUGUGACAUUUGUUUCUUGUCUUUUCGUCGGCUUGGAGUUAGGAGUAAUAAUUGGAAUAAGCAUUAAUUUACUUUUCUUACUCUACGCAUCUGCUAGACCAUCUUUACGUGUCCGUAAGAUCACGAUUCCCGGGGAAUUCGAAUACUUGAUGAUAACACCUGACAGAAGUCUAUCAUUCCCCAGUGUUGAAUACGUAAGAUCAGCUAUCAGUAAGUACGGAACUCGAGAAGGAAUUCACAUGCCUAUUGUAAUCGAUGCUACCCAUAUUCAAGCAGCAGACUAUACCGCAGCUCGCGGAAUAAAGAAUAUAAUCGAGGAUUUCGCGAAACGCGGACAACCUCUUAUUUUUUACAAUCUUAAACCAAGCAUCGCAGCCAUCUUCCGAGGUGUCAAGCCCGCGCAUAUGAUCAUUUGCUCUAGUGAAAAUGAAUUAAAUCAAAGCUUAAGAGAUACAGCGAGCAUUUCUUCAAUCACUGUGACCCCGUGACGGAUAUGAACUGUACUGGCCAAGUACUUUGUUAAAACAUUUCAGUAUUAAUGGCAGUUACGGCUGAAAAAUUGCCAAACACAAGAUUAAUAUUUAAAAAUUUAUUAAAAUAUACGUGUAACAUACUUAUUGUUAAUAUUUUUAAUUGUAUAAAAUUAUUGUCUAUUUUAUUAACUAAUCAACGAUUUACUAAUUUAUUAUUUAUUUAUUUACAAUCCAGUUUUCUGGCUCCUUUUGAUGGAGUAGCAAUGUAGAAUGACGCAGUUCCUGGGUACCUGGAAUAAAAUUAAUACUUAAA